AUGGCGAUCAUAGCCGAGAGGCCCAGAGUGCAGAACAGGCAGCAACCCAGGACACCCACCAUGGUGAUCAUAGAUCCAGAUGCCCUGGACAAUCAGGCAGCCCUUGCAGUCCAAUUUGUAGGUCAGUCAGCCCCCGAAAUUAGGAAGAAAAUACAGAAAAUAGAAGGGUUCAGACGGAAGUCUCUCACUGAGCUAGUGGCCAUCGCCCAGCGAGUAUUUGAGAACCGAGAGGACCCCACCCAGGCUUUAACUGACAAGAUGACCAAGGUCCUGUGCCCAGAGCCUCUGCUCGGCCGCAACCUGCUUCAAAAGUUAAAGGCCACCAUUUCCUUCACGAACGAAGGGCCAGAGGUUCGGACUGGGGAGGAGAGGAUUCUAGUCACUUUCCCCUUGGAGGAAGAGUACUGGCUUCAUGCCAGCCCAUCUACCAACCCUGAGUCAGACCUCCUAUCUCUAUGGAAGGAGGAGAUUCCUGAAGUUUGGGCUGAAACAAACCCGCCAGGACUUGCAAGGCACAGACCCCCAAUUGUGGUUCAGCUGCUGAGCACAGCACUCCCAGUCCGGGUCCGUCAGUACCAGAGUAGCAGCAAAGCCCGGGCAGGAAUUGCCAAACACAUUCAGAGACUGAAAGAAGCAGGGAUACUAACCCCUUGUCGGUCCGCCUGGAACACCCCCCUCCCUCCAGUCCAGAAACCUGGGACCACCGACUUCAGGCCCGUGCAGGAUCUCUGAGAGGUGAACAAAAGAGUAGAGACUAUUCACCCCAUGGUCCCAAACCCAUAUACUCUACUCAGCCUCCUGAGCCCUGAUCAAAAGUUCUACUCGGUUCUAGACUUGAAAGAUGCUUUUUUCUGUCUGCCUCUGGCCCCUCAGAGCCAACCUAUCUUUGCCUUUGAGUAGAUAGACCGAGAGAAGGGAGAAUCAGGACAGUUAACAUGGACCCGGCUUCCCCAGGGUUUCAAGAACUCUCCCACCGUUUUUGAUGAGGCCCUCAGCCAGGACCUCCAGGGCUUCCGCAUGGACCACCCCGAAGUCACCCUCCUCCAUGUGGACGACCUCCUCCUCGCCACUACUACUUGGGUGGAGUGCCAGGCAGCCACUAGAGACCUCCUAAGAACCUUAGGGCAGCUGGGAUACCGAGUCUCGGCGAAGAAGGCUCAGCUGUGCCUAGCUGAAGUCACCUACCUCGGGUACCGACUGAAAGGGGGAGAAAGGACUUUAUCUGACAGCAGGAUACAAGCCAUCUUGCAGAUCCCAACACCGACUACCAAGAGGCAAGUACGGGAGUUCCUGGGGGCGGUGGGAUACUGCCGGCUCUGGAUCCCUGGAUUUGCAGAAAUUGCCAAGCCCCUGUACUCGGCCACAGGAGGAUCAGAUCCUGCCCUCCGAUGGGAAGUGGAGGAGGAGGAGGCCUUCCAGAAGCUGAAGACUGCUUUGGUGAGUGCCCCAGCCCUGGCCCUCCCCGACCUGGAAAAGCCCUUCCAUCUGUUUGUAGCUGAAGCUCGAGGGAUAGCCAAGGGGGUGCUGACCCAGACCUUAGGUCCCUGGAGGAGACCUGUGGCAUACCUGUCUAAACGACUGGACCCCGUGGCCGCGGGAUGGCCAGGAUGCCUCCGAGCGGUGGCAGCGACCGCCCUCUUGGUAACAGAAGCCUCUAAACUCUCAUUUGGGCAGAAUCUCCAGAUCACAGCCCCUCACAACGUUGAGCAGCUGUUGCGGGCACCCCCGGACAGGUGGCUGUCAAAUGCUCAAGUGACUCAAUACCAGGUCUUACUCUUAGACCCACAAAGGAUAAGUUUUCUACAGACAGCUGCACUGAACCCGGCCACCCUGCUUCCCGACCCGGGGGAAGGCACCCCAAUACAUGACUGUAGUGAAAUCCUUACCUCUUUAACUUCAUUGAGGGCGGAUCCAGACAUCCCUAUCCCCGAGGCGGAGGCCACCCUCUUCACUGAUGGAAGCUGCUUCGUAGAGGGGGGCACUCAGUAUGCAGGGGCCACGGUAGUGACCCUAGAAGAUGUCAUCUGGGCACAAGCCCUGGGACACGGCACCUCAACUCAAAAGGCAGAACUAAUUGCCCUGACUCAAACCCUCAGGUGGAUCAAGGGGGAGAAGGUUAAUAUCUACACUGACAAUAGAUAUGCCUUCACCACUGUCCAUGUGCACGGUGCCCUAUACCAGGAGCGAGGCUUACUCACGGCCGGAGGGAAGGACAUUAAAAACUCGCAAGAAAUCCUGAGUCUCCUAUCCGCCAUAUGGGGGCCCGAGAAGGGCAUUCACUACAAAGGGCAUCAGAGGGGAGAGACUGACAUAGCAAGGGGAAACCAGUUAGCAGACCAGGCCGCCAGAACAGCAGCCAGGGGUGACAUCCGGCCCCUUGAAAUCCUGGUAACUCAGAUAACUGACCCAAAUCUCCUCAACUCCAAGGAAGAAGAGGAGGGGGGGCAAAAACUGCAGGGGCAGAGGAACUCAGGUGGGUGGAUCCAGCUGACCGAUGGAAGAAUCCUCCUACACCAAGCCCUAGGAAGACAGGUGGUGGAACAGACGCAUCAGGCCACACACUUGGGUGAAGUCAAAUUAGCUGAACUCCUAAAGAAGAAAUACCUAGUUAAAGGACUAGACCAGUUAACUCGAGAUAUAGCCAGAAGAUGUCGCGCCUGUGCAUUAGUCAACCCCAAUCCAGUGCCAGUGAAGGAACCAGGAACCCGGUUCAGAGGCAGCACCCCCGGUGAGCACUGGGAAGUGGACUUCACUGAACUGCCCCCGGCACGGGGAGGAUACAGGUAUCUCCUUGUGUUUGUGGACACUUUCUCCGGGUGGCCAGAAGCAUUCGCCAUGAAGAGAGAGACUGCCCAGGUAGUAGUAAAACAAUUGGUUUUUGAAAUUCUGCCCCGAUUCAGCUUACCUGUCUACAUGGGGUCUGACAAUGGGCCAGCGUUCAUCGCCAAGGUCACCAAACAAUUGGCAACUACCCUAAAAAUUAAGUGGAAACUCCACUGUGUCUAUCGGCCACAGAGUUCAGAGCAGGUAGAGAGGAUGAAUAGGACGAUAAAAGAAACCUUAACUAAGUUAAAACUAGAAACUGGGGGAGAUUGUGUGAGCCUACUCCCUUUUGCCCUACUGAGGGCUCGAUGUACCCCCUACCUUGAGAAGCUCACUCCUUAUGAAAUUAUGUUUGGGAGACCGCCUCCCCUUCUCCCCCGCGUGGGGGAAGAACACAUGGGGGGAAUAACUAACAGAAACCUCCUUAAGUCUCUAUAG